AUGGGCGCAGAAGAAGACGGGGAGAGACAAGCCAGCUCCUCGACACAGCCGGCAGCAGCCGAGUCCCAUGAUGGCGAGGCUGUCCUCAAAAAGCUUCAUAUCUUGCCCCUCAAAGAGGCGGACAAGAAGAUCAAAGGCCGUCAGCGAAUGGAUUUUCUUGCAGAGACGUUGCGCCAACUGCGAAAUACGAAAGCGACGGUGUGCUCUGGGGACUUGGUGAGAGCGAAAGAGGCGGACUUCGUGGUCAUCAAGUGUGACCCACCUCAGGGUUGCCUGGGAAUGGAGACAGAUUUCUUUGUUGACGGAGCCCCGGUGAUCUGCUUUCAGAAGAUCCAGUUCAGCGCCUGGGGUCCCAACACACUGAGCUCAGAGGAGCUCUUCAACGAUUACGUCCGGCCAUACUUCAAAGGUGAGUAUUCGCCGUAUGGAACGGCCGGUGUGAAGAGAGUCAGACUGCUGUACACGGGACAGGUCGUCCAGGUGGGCGAGGUGUGCUUACAGGUCGAGGCAACAGAGCCCCAAGGGCUCGGAAUGGUGUCCACGGAUACAGAAAUCUUUGCGAACUGGGACACAACUCCCGAGUUCGAGAAAGUGCAUAUUCUCCCCUUCAUGGACACAUUGCCCAGUGCCUACCAAUACGAGCUGUUUGGAGAUUACCUUAAGCCGUACCUGAUGGCCAAUCAGCACAGGAAGUACCAGCAUGGUGACCUCUUCACGUAUCAGGGCGUGCAGUUCAAAGUUGUAGCUUGUGAGCCCGAUGUGGUCGCUCGAAUCGGGAAGAGUACCACCAUCUUCUGCCAGGGGCACCUGACCCCGACGUUGCGGAACCUUUUGCCCCCGCAUUUGAUGAACCAAGUGGCGCAGCUCCCACAGGGCCUGCAGAUGCUCCUGCUCAGCUCCGAGCGAACCACCAGGGAGCUCGAAGACAUGCUGAACCAUCGGCGAGGGCUCUUCCCGCAAACCAUCGAAGAAAUCGAAUCCUUCACGUGGCAAAUGUUGACCGUGCAAUUCGAAAUUACUGAACUCGCCACCUUGGAUGCCGCGUGGGCCUUUGGCGAGUCGUCGCCCAAAGCUGAGGUCCACGUGGAUCGCCGAUUGAAUGUGAUGGGCAGCGGCUUGCAACACAAGGUUUUCUUCCGCGACUUUCUCGAGCUCAUACGACCACUCUUUGCCACGAGCGACUUUGCCGAGCAGCCUCGAUACAUAGCCGACACAGGAUGUGGUGAUGGCAGCCUCCUGUGCCAGAUCUACGAGUUUGUCAAGCAGCAGACCCCACGGGGACGAGCAUUGAAGGAGUUCCCCUUGACGAUGAUUGGCAUCGACUUGAGUGCAAGCGCUCUUGCUGCAACAGCAGACACGCUGCGGGCAAGGGGUGUGCCCCAUCAGCUGUUGGAGGGUGACAUCGGAGAUCCAGGUGGCCUCUGCAACGAGCUGCGGCGCUUGAACCUGGAUCCGAGGCAGACGUUGCACGUGCGCUCCUUCCUGGACCACGAUCGACCCUUCCGGAUGCCCGCCCAUCCUCUCCGAGCAGGCAGUUCUCGCGACCUCUUCGUGGCCCAUCACUUCGACCAGGCGGUCUACCUUGACCGCUGCGGCAAGGUGAUCAAGCCGGUGGACAUCUACCAAUCUCUGGUGGAGCACUUCGGACGCUGGGCAGAUGCUUCUGGUGAGCACGGUCUCUGCAUUCUGGAGGCCAUGCUGCUGGACGUUCCCAGCACUGCGAAGUACUUCGAUGAGAACGUGUCGUUCCACUUUGACAUUGAGGCGGCUUUGUCGAGGCAGUAUUUGGUUCCUCCCGUUGCCAACUGCAUGGCCUUGGCGGAAGCAGGUCUGUUCAGUUGCACCGGUGAUGCAAGCUCACACUGCUACCCUGAAUCUGGCGAGUACUGCCGCAUCAUGAGUCAGCAUGUCAAGAGGUCCUCCUCCUGUGUGCGCCUGGCCGAGUUUGAUGAUUUGGCCGCCUUGGUCGAACUCCAGCAAGCGGCGAAGGUCACGUCAGCGUUGGAGGCCUCUCCGGAGACGCUGGCCGGGCGCCUCCUUAAGGCACCCCUUGGCGUGCUCGUCGCGGAGCGCGCGGGGAAGCUGCUCGGGGCCGCAUAUACGACUCGCUGCCUUGGCCCUGCCAUCAGCGGAAUCGAAGCCGAGCCUUCGCAGCCCAGUGCUGAUCACGGCGACGUGCUACAACUCGUCGCGCUGCACGCACUUCCGGAGGCGCCAGGAGUCGGCUCGCUGUUGCGUGACUUUCUUCUCCAGCUGGCUUGGGUGGACCCCGAUGUCAAGUCUGUGGUGGGGCUGACGCGCUUCGAUGGUUGGGCAGCUAGCGGCUUGAGUCAAGAAGACUACAUGAGGAGGCAUCUCGAAGGCGAAGUUUCGGACAAGGUUCUGGCCUUUCAUACCCAGCGUGGUGCCGCGGUCGUCAAGCUGGUCCAUGACGCUCGGCCGGCGGACGUGGCAAACCAAGGUGCUGCCGUGCUUAUUCGCUACGAGCCGGGCAGGCCCCAACGGGAGCGCCGCGUCGCAUCUCGAGAAAGCCAGGAAGCCACGGUCGACACAGUGGAAGCCUUCGUCCACGAGCAGCUGGCCAAAAUGAACAUCCAACCUAAGGAUGCGGACUUUGCAGAGCUUGGCCUGGACUCACUGGAGCUUGCAGCACUACGGCGCAGUGUUGAGAAGCGCUUCGGCCUCCACGGAGAUGCGGCAGCCGCGACCGCUCGCGAGCUGGCUACAUCUUGCUUUCAAGGUGGCUCGAAUCUGCAGCGCGCAGAUGCGCGAGCUGUGGUGGAGUCCUUUCUGCUGGACUUUGGUGAAGCAGGCAGCCAGUCGGCUUCGCUGGCAGAAAUGGGCCUGGAUUCGCUGGACAUUGCUCGGCUGCGGGAGCGGCUGCAAGCUCGCCUGUCCGUGCAGCUCAGUGUGGAGGUUCAAGUCUGCACUCCAUGUGUGAAAGACACCAAGGAAAUUCGACUAGUUGCCAUGGCGCGCCGACGCAUUCUUGGCGCUGCUGUGGUCGCGGCAAUGCUGGGAAUCUUCAUGGGCCUCGGCAAGUCCAGGCUCGCCCUUGUCGAGCUGCAAGCCAUGGACCGGAAACUCGAUUUGAAGCGCUUUAUGGGGUCCUGGUAUGUACUUGCCCACAUCCCUGUCAAGCUUGUAAAUGAGCACUUGGCUCACAAUGCUGUGGAAACAUACACUUGGGAUGAGUCGAAGCAGCGGAUUGGGGUCCACUACAGGUUCAAUGAGAAGAGCAUGGACGGCCGCAUCAAUGACAGUUACCAGAGGGGCUGGGUCUGGAACAAGGAGACAAGUGCAGAGUGGCGCGUGUCGCCGAAACUGCCGCUGUUUGGCUAUCUAUUGAGCUACUGCGGUCUCAAGCUUCCGUACAUCAUCGUGGACUGCGCAGACGACUACAGCAAGGCCAUAGUCGGCUAUCCCAAUCGCGCUUACCUCUGGAUUUUGAGCCGCAAGCCUACGGUCUCUGACGCCGAUUACGAGAAGCUGAUUCAGAAGUCCAAAGAGCUGGGAUACGAUGAAGACAAGAUUCGAAAGGUGCCGCAAACGGACGGUGCAGAGGCUUUUCAAGCGCCCAGUUGA